AUGUUUCAGGAGUUGAACCUAAUGGCGUCCAGAUUUACAUAUUUGGUAGCCAUAUUGGCAUGUUGCUAUGCGGCUCCCUUCCAAGUUGAAGUUGACCAGAGCCUAGUUACACAAACCUUGAACAGUUUGGUACAAAAGGAUACACGACUCGAUACGGACACUACUAUCAAUUACCAGAACAUGGCAUCACACAAAGAUUUUACUCAUGACAAUGCUGCAAAACCACUUUUCACGUCAGUGGUUGAAAGUGCAGUAAGCGGCUCCACGUACAAAACACUGGAAAAUCUUAUUGCGUUUUACAACCAGCCUGAUGUGGACAAGUCAGAAACAAUGACGCCAGCUUGGGAAACAUCUAUCUCUGCAUUUCUUGACGUUAUCAUCCAAACCACAGUAAUGCAAAGUGCACACACGUUCUUGGUGAAUUCAGGACUUUCUUCACCGAAUGUGACACUGUUUAAAAAUCAACUGCAGACAUUGUGGUUUACGCUCUACGCCAGAGAUACGGUAGCCGGCAGUUCGGGCUUCGAAGCUCUUUUCGUUGGUGAAACAAAAGCGACCAAUGUGAUACGUUUUGGCAAUUGGCUGCAGUUCUACAAUCAAGAGAAGGCGGGCAACAUAAACUAUCACGGGUUCUUUCAAAAAGAAAAUGGAGUAGAGCUUUCGCUGCAAUUUUCAUGGUACGACUGGCAAGCUAUGGAAUUUUCGAUGUUACUCAACACUUCACCGGAGUUUGAAAUGGCUGCAUACACAGUGUGUGCCCUUACCGGAGGACAGUGCUCAUUCGCCGUCAAUGGUCAGCCGGUCACCAUUCUUGCAAGCACACUGACGAGUAAUAACGUUGUUGUGAUUGACGACUGCCAUCCAGUUGUCUCAUCUGGUGCCGCUACACAAAAGCCCGGACAAACAACAAAGAAACCGGCGCCAAACAAUUCAAAGUUCCAGGAUCUUGUUAACAAAAUGAGAGCUGCUGAUGUUGACAAAGCAGGUCCAGGGGACUACAAACUUGACUGGGGAAAGAAAGAAACGGGUACCUCCGACAAUAGCAAUAAUAAUCUCAUCGUCUACGUGAACGAAACGCUUUACAAGAAACCUGUCUACGCCAAUCUGCUCAGCGUGGUGCAAAAUAACCUCUUCACUCAUGACGUCUGCACCGCUGAGCCGGGAAUGUCCGGUUUCCGAAAGACUCAGCUGCAACAGUUAAUGGAUACAUGGACUUCAACACAAGUGUUCAACCUCGCCUUCCAAUUUCUGCAGGAGAACGGGAAUGCUCAUGCAAAAGAUUUGACCUCCUUCAAAACUUUCUUGUUCAACUUGUGGUACGGUACUUACUCCCGCUGCUCUCACGGUGCUAUCGGAAGUUCUGGGUUCGAACAUGUUUUCAUCGGCGAAUUUAAGGAUGGAACAAUUGAUGGUCAACAUAGUUGGGUGUCCUACUAUAACUUCCAGAAAGCAGACACGAUUAACUACCACGGAUAUUAUACCUACGUUGAGAACCUAACCGGCACAUUUCAAUAUACUUGGUCAAACAAUCUGAAGAAAAAAGGAGGAUUUCUCAUAGGAACCUCUCCGGCUUUCGACUUUUCGUUGUUUACGGUGUGCUCGCUCAUGUACUCCGGAAACGAAGCCUGCAAGUAUAGCAUCGACGGACAUCCGCUAGCAGUGACAUCUUACACGCAAUCCUGCGAUGCCGGCACAUGCUUAUCUACUUCUUAUCCUGUCGAUUCAUAAUCAAUUCAUAUCAGUUGUACAGUUUACUCAGAUGACGAAGUGAAAUUUAUUGCAAC